GGCCGGCGCAGUGCGCAGGAGAGCGGGGCGGCUGCUCGGCCGAGCCCCGGCACCUGCCCGCCCUUCGCCGGGAGCGGCGUGGGCCCCGCCGCCGACAUGAACAAAGCCACCAGCCCCACGUAACACGCUGAUGGAUUUCAGUGCCGCAUCGGGACUGACGAGCCAAGGAAGUGUGAUGCCUAGAAAUCUCCUCUCGGAUUCUCCUGAAAUGGCAUCCCAGAUCUCUCCAGAGCACGCACUUGGGAGCACGGAGAGGGCUGGCAGCGUGGAGAAUCGUGGCAGCCAAGCCAGGUGCAGAAAUCCUGCCUUGGAUGAUGAGAGUCUGAAAUACUUAACCCACGAGGAACAGGAUGUCCUCAUGUUCUUUGAGGAAACCAUAGAUGCCUUAGAAGAUGACUUGGAGGAGAUGGCUCUGCGCGACAGUGGCAUCCACUGCCAGUCUCCACGGUCGACAGAAGAAAACGUGUCCAGUCACUCAGAGACCGAAGAUAUCAUCGACUUAGUGCAGUCAACACCUGAGAGCAGUGACCAUGAGGGCCCUUCCAGCAGAGAUCCAGAGCCAGGUAGGUUGCCGGACGCUCCCUGGAGAGCCGAGAGCCCCCAGCCGGCUGUACCCGCCGACCUUCCCCCGUAUCCCCCCGCACCACCACCCGUGUCUGAGGCGCUUCCUCUCCCUCCUCCACCCCCUCCUCCGGUGCAGCACCCAAAGCUGCUGCGCUCUGUGCCCACCCCCCUCAUCAUGGCCCAGCAGAUGUGCGAGCAGCAGGCGGAGAGCAGGGCGCGCUUCCCCGGCGCCCCCAAGGAUGGGAGCUCGGACAGGAAGAAAACCCCGGUGGCCAACGGGGAUCAUUUCGGGGCACCGAAGCACCCUCCCGCCCCCGCCCCCAAACUGCACCGCUUCCCCAGCAACAUCAACAUCACCAACGUCAGCGGCAAGGAGUUCAGCGAGACGAUCUCCAGGGCCGCGGUGAACGUGCAGGAGCGGCGGGCCCAGGUGCUGGCCAACAUCAACGGGGGAGCUCUGCUGGCGGCUGAGCUGGAGGAGAAGCUGCACAAAAGCGACUUCUUGUCGCGUAACAGAAGUUCUUCCUUACGGGACCUCUCCUCGGAGCAGACCCGAUACGAGGCCCUGACGAAACUCGGCCUAGUUAAGGGAAAGGCAGCUCAGGGCCAAGUGGACCGUGCCCCAGGCACUCAGCAGGUUGAUGUGCAGCCCAAACAGGCAGAUGCUGUUACCAAUGGAUAUAAAAACAUCCACGAGGCUUUAAAAAGCGAGCCCAGCCCUUUCCUUCCUACGGGCAAAACUGUAACAAUCAAACCAGAGGUCUCUCUUGCCGCUAACAAGGUCAUCAGCGCCCAGCAGAACGCGGAGAAAAGCUGUAGCGAUUACAAACAGCCUGCUGUAAGCCUGGACAUGAGGAGGAGAUCAGGAUCGCUGCCUAGACCUUCAGGAUUCCGAUCCCAAGGGAUAACGGUGAAGUUUUCUGGCCGUGGCUCAACAGAAGAAGCUCGGAGAGAGGCCCUUCGGAAACUGGGACUACUGAAAGAGACUGCGUGACGUGGAUGGGAAUGUUGUGGCAGUGGGAGGAAAGUCAUGGCAUGGCUUGGUGCUGGAACGGUCCCAAUGGAAUUGGGACCAGAUGGAUUGGAAAUAAAAAGGGAAAGUUCUCUGUUUCAGGCAAGCCGGGGAGGUACCAGACACUGUGGAAUGACCCCUCGUGUUUAUCCCAGGCCUGGCACCACGUCCGGUCGUGUACAGCAGUGGGGUUUGGCUCUCCUCCCUACAGAGAUACUGAGCUGUUGCUCUUUGUGACUGAGAGGAAUUUUAUUUAAUUAAUGCUGGACUGUGGCAGGCAGCAUCUCGUUAAUGAAGUGUCCAGUGCAGUAUUGUCGUACAGAGCGGACUGGGUGGCGACUCUUCCCUCUGCUCUUUCUGAAGCCAAAACCGAGAGCUCCGCCUGUCUUGCCCACAUGUGUCUGUCUGUCUGUCUGUGGGAGCUCGAGAUAAUGUCCAAGCUGAAAUUUCUGAGCAAUGUGACACCCUUCCACGACUUUUUUUGUUGUUGUUGUUGUUGUUGUUGUCUGUGUUAUCUGGCUUGGCUUCAUGUCCCUCCCAG